AUGAAAGUCUGGCUGGCAUGCCUGCUCCUCUGCGCCUUGGUGAUUAAUGACUCUGAAGGUCACCAUGAACUUGGAACUUCUGAUGAAUCAAACUGUGGCUGUCAGAAUGGAGGAACAUGUGUGUCCUACAAGUACUUCUCCAACAUUCGCAGAUGCAGCUGCCCAAAGAAAUUCCAAGGGGAACACUGUGAGAUAGAUACAUCAAAGACCUGCUAUCAUGGAAAUGGUCAGUCUUACCGAGGAAAGGCCAGUGUCGACACCAAAGGGCGGCCUUGUCUGGCCUGGAACUCCCCUGCUGUCCUUCAGAAAGUCUACCAUGCCCACAGACCUGAUGCUCUUAACCUAGGCCUGGGGAAACACAAUUACUGCAGGAACCCUGACAACCAGAGGCAACCCUGGUGCUAUGUGCAGAUUGGCCUAAAGCAGUUUGUUCACGAAUGCAUGGUGCAGGACUGCUCUGUUAGCAAAAAGCCCCCUUCUUCUCCAGAUCAACAAGGGUUCCAGUGUGGCCACAAGGCUCUAAGGCCCCGCUUUAAGAUUGUUGGGGGAGAAUUCACUGUGGUUGAGAACCAGCCCUGGUUUGCAGCCAUCUACAGAAAGAACCGUGGAGGAAUCCCUCCCACCUUUAUAUGUGGUGGGAGUCUCAUCAGUCCUUGCUGGGUGGUCAGCGCCACACAUUGCUUCAUUAAUGACCCAAAGAAGGAAAACUAUGUUGUCUACCUGGGCCAGUCAAGGCGGAAUGCCUAUACUCCUGGAGAGAUGAAGUUUGAGGUGGAGCAGCUCAUUUUGCAUGAAGGCUACAGUGCUGAUAGCCUGGCCCACCAUAACGACAUUGCCUUGCUGAAGAUACAUACCAGCAUGGGCCAUUGUGCACAGCCAUCCAGGUCCAUACAGACUAUCUGCCUGCCUCCAAGGUUUGGUGAUGCCCCUUUUGGUUCAGACUGUGAGAUUGCUGGCUUUGGAAAUGAGAAUGUUGCUGACUAUAUCUACCCAAAGAACCUGAAAAUGUCCGUUGUGAAGCUUAUUUCCCACAAACAGUGUAUGCAGCCUCACUACUAUGGCUCUGAAAUCACUUAUAAAAUGCUGUGUGCUGCUGACCCACAGUGGGAAACAGACACUUGCCAGGGAGACUCUGGAGGACCUCUGGUCUGUGACAUAAAUGGCCGACCAACUCUGAGUGGGAUUGUGAGCUGGGGCCAGGGAUGUGCAAUGAAAAACAAGCCAGGUGUCUACACGAGGGUCUCAUACUUCCUGAGCUGGAUUCAAGCUCAUAUUGGAGAAGAAAAUGGCCUAGCCUUCUGAUGGCCUCCAGGUGGCUGAGGAAAGAAACAGAAGGACCACUCACUCACUUCCAUGCUGCCCAUCACCUCUGUAGCAGGGUCCUCUCUAUCAAAUGUAGGGAAGAAGCUGGGAAGGGCAGGCUUUGCAUUGUUUGCCUGCACUGCCCAUCAGGGUAAGUGCUAGUAGUUUUACCCUCAGACACAGGCCUGGAUGCUGGCCACCCAGACCCCCUGAUCAGCAUGGAAAGUUGGUCCUGACUCAGGAGGAUAUUGACCAGGAGCUGUCUUUUUCUGGACCAACACAUCUGAAGCUAUGAAAAUGUCUCCUAAGCAAAUAUAGGAGGAGAGUUUGUUCCCCUAACGGGAUCAUUCAUGAGGUCAUGAGGUCUGCUGUUGGGAAAGAAAUGAUUUCCCAAUUAGGAAAUGUAACAGCUGAAGUAUUUUGAGGGGGCUUGUCCAAUAUGAGAACAGUGGUUUUGAGGAGUAGAGACACUAAUGGAUUGGGGGAGCGGCUCUUGCAUUCCACAAAUGGAUCGGGAAAUAUACUGUUUGUUCACUGUGCACAGGCUAUGAGUGUAAGACUGAGCAAAAACUGGUGUAUUCCUGUGUCUAACUGAAAGUCUAGGUGUUUCCUUAAAUUCUGGACUGUGAUGCUGGGGCCUCUCAGUCUUCCAUGUGAUGCUCCAUGUGAAUGUAUCAUUCUCGGGCGUGACCCGUGACAAGCACUAAAUGUCUGUUUCACUUUUUAUAUAGACAUCCACUUCUUGGCCAGUUAUCUUGUUACUUAUUAGCCUGAUUCAUCCAAUCCUCACUGGGUGGGGUAAGAAUCAUUCCAAUAUACUUAAUAUUUAAUAAUUAUGUUCUGCUAUUUUUAUUUAUGUCUAUUUUUAUAAUUCUGAAUAAAGGAUCAAUAAAAUGUGAUUUUUCUGAA